GCCCCUUGGACCUCCAGCUUCUCGAGUCUUUCAAGUCUUUGAAUUGAGAAAAGGGCCAGUACAUGCUCUUGUUUGCGGCAUGUUCACCCGAUCUUCUGGAUCUGUCCCUCCGCGCGGGUGGGUGCUCGCUCCAUGCGGCUGGGUUCUCUGGACUUUCGAAACCGCCAUCACUUUGGUCUUCUACCAGGCCCUCACUCCAAAGCCGUUGGCCAUACUCCUCGAUUUCCCGCGCAAUAUCCUGCUGGAUUUCCUGCUGGAUUAUCUCUCCGCUAGCCUCUGGGCUUCUCUUUUGUUCCUCCUCGGCAGCUUCCAGUUCCCAUGGGGCUGGCUCGAGGAUCCUCUGAAUUCUUUUCCUCUUCUUGACUUCUGUCACCUCGACUUCGAAGAAAUUUUCCGUCGUAAUCUCGGGUUCGUCUUCAGAGUUCGGUUUCGACCCGGACGAAGAACCAGCAGCGUAGCAUCGUGAAUGCGAUCGUUGACGCGAAAGCGGCAAAACGGUAUGCCUGGACAGCGCGGGGAGCGAAGAAACAGGUCGACUUCCAAAGUAUCUCGACGAUCGGUUUGCGACUCUUGCGCCGGUGCCCGAAGCUGACAGAAAACCUGAACCUGCAGCGCCUGCCAACUGGAGCCGGCACCUCAAGCAAACAAAGCUGGCGCUGCCAGUCACCUGUCGCCUGAGCAUUUGAGUUGGUGUUUUCCUUUCUCCUUGAACUUCAAACCCAAUGAAAGAAAUAUCACCGCCAAGAGUCCGUUUCUGUUGCCGUAUGUCGAAAAAAUUCAAGAUGUCGCUUUCACCAAGCCCAGUCGCAACUUCUGCGACGACGAGCACCUUGCAAUUGAAUAUUUUAGGUGGGUCUUUCACAACGUCCCCCAACCCACUUUCCAACUUCCCGGCAGGCAAAACAAAACAAAAAAAAAAAAAAAAAAAAAAAAGACACAUGGGGUCACGUAACGUAACAGCGGGCGUUUGACGCGCCAAGAAUCAAUUAAACUAUGUUGGACGCGUUUUCCUUUCCCCCCACUAUUUCAUUCCAUCAACCCCAGAGUCACUGUCUGACAUCAUCGUCGAUACGAACACCCUCUUUGUUAGCCGCCAUCAGCCAACCGACAGUCUCAUGUAUGCCAGUUCUACCGCCCUUCGAUGCUGGGACGAGUAUAUGCUUGAGAGAAUGCCUAGACUCCAGCAGAGCCGCCGCCAACGGCCGGUCGAUGAGGAUGAAGAUGUCGACAUGCAUGAGCCACAAGAUGAUCAAUACGCCUCAGAUGGUGCUGCCGAUGAAACGAUGAAUGGCCCUCCAAACGAGGAGCUCAGCCAGUUGAUAAAAGGAUUGGUCCGGUAUGCCAUCGCAUGUGAUUUCUCACGGACCCCCAUUCGGAGAGAUGCCAUUAGGGAGAAAGUUCUCGGUACAAAUGGCCGGCAGUUCAAAACAGCAUUUGCCGGAGCUCAGAAACAGCUCCGAGCAGUUUUUGGCAUGGAAAUGGUGGAGCUUCCAGCUAGGGAUAAGAAUCUCAUGACCACCGAGCAGAAGCGGAAAGCCGCCAAAAGCCAGUCCCAAAAGGAAGCCACAUCGAAUGCCUACAUUCUUACCAACAUCCUGCCAGAAGAGCUUCGAACCCCCGCUCUCACCCGGCCCUCAAAGGUCGUGUCCGCCGAAGGUGAAGCAGCGUACACGGCCCUGUACACCACGAUCAUCUCGCUCAUCACCAUCUCGGGGGGCGAGCUUAGUGAUACCCGCCUCAGGAGGCAUCUGGCCCGGCUCAACGCCGCCGAAUAUAUGCCCAGCAUGAACCCAAACGACCCUGCUAACCCCACGGAGAAGACCGACGUUGUGCUACAGAGGAUGAUCAAACAUGGGUAUCUGGUCAGGAUGGUGGAUAACAGGGGCAACGGCGACGACGACUCUACUACGUGGCAUGUUGGACCAAGAGGGAAGGCAGAGGUGCCCAAGGAGUCAAUUGCGGGCUUUGUCAGGACCAUCUACGGUGGCUCGGACCCAGAGCUGGAGUCAAAGAUUCAGAUCAGCUUAAAGGGCGUCAAGGAGAGGAAACCGGAGAUACGUGAGCAGGAGCAGGAGCAGGGACUGGGUGAUGAAGAUGAGGUCCAGGAGGAUGAAGAGAUGCAAGAGGCCGGACCGAGUAAUGGGCAGAGAAGGAGGCAUGCGUAACAAGGAAGGGACGCGCAUACCAUGGGAUCAAGGUGUUUUGGCGUCUAAAGGGGUAUCAUUGUAGAAUUCGUCCUAUGGGUAUUUGCGAUCGUCUGGGACUGGCCAGGAGGCCGUACUGUUAUCACUUG